GGCCCCGCCCCCGUGUUCUGCGCACGCGCGGGCGCCAUAUUGGCAGCGGCAACUCGGCCUCGGGAGUGUCGGCGAGGUUUCUUCCGCGAGGAGCGUGUCGGCGUCGGUCUGUCCUCUUCCGUGUGUCCCGCAGGAAUCCUGUAAAGCUCAGAAAACAUGUCUCGAAGAUAUGACUCCAGGACCACCAUAUUUUCUCCAGAAGGUCGCUUGUACCAAGUUGAGUAUGCCAUGGAAGCCAUUGGACAUGCAGGCACCUGCUUGGGAAUCCUAGCAAACGAUGGUGUUCUGCUUGCAGCAGAAAGACGCAACAUCCACAAGCUUCUUGAUGAAGUCUUUUUUUCUGAAAAAAUUUAUAAACUGAAUGAGGACAUGGCUUGCAGCGUGGCGGGCAUAACUUCUGAUGCUAACGUUCUCACGAAUGAACUGAGGCUCAUUGCUCAAAGGUAUUUAUUACAGUAUCAGGAACCAAUCCCUUGUGAGCAGUUGGUCACAGCACUGUGUGAUAUCAAACAAGCCUAUACACAGUUUGGAGGAAAACGUCCCUUUGGUGUUUCGUUGCUUUACAUCGGCUGGGACAAGCACUAUGGCUUUCAGCUCUAUCAGAGUGACCCUAGUGGGAAUUAUGGAGGAUGGAAAGCCACGUGCAUUGGAAACAAUAGUGCUGCAGCGGUGUCGAUGUUAAAACAAGACUACAAAGAAGGAGAAAUGACUCUGAAGUCCGCACUUGCUUUAGCUAUCAAAGUCCUAAACAAGACCAUGGAUGUGAGUAAACUCUCGGCUGAAAAAGUGGAGAUUGCCACCCUGACGAGAGAGAACGGGAAGACGGUCAUCAGGGUCCUGAAGCAGAAGGAAGUGGAGCAGCUGAUCAAGAACCACGAGGAGGAAGAAGCGAAAGCGGAGCGGGAGAAGAAAGAAAAAGAGCAGAAAGAGAAGGAGAAAUAGGAGGAGAACCCUGGGCUCUGGCGGCUCCAGGGCCGUGUGCCCGCUGCCCGGCCACCCUCACCCGGUGGGCAGACUGGGGCGGGCACCAGUGCGGGCCUGCCGUCUCUGUCCGGUUAAGUCUUGUAGUGACGCUCGGUCAUGGUGGACGCGCUUGUCCCUCCCUGUGUUGGUAAUAAAACUUGGAAAGAAC